GCGCCUAAUUAACAGUGUGCCAAACAAAGAAAUCAUAGUUCCGAAUUAGUUACCCACAUAAUUUCCAGUAAAUCCGUGAUAAUGAGUAUACCCACUUACUUGAUAAAUUUUGAAAAGUGAUCAUUAUACGGAUACCAUAACAAUUAUUUGAAAAAUUUUAUCCAGUAGCAAAGAAAUGGAUGCGUUAAUCUGAAGAAAAAUUCACGUUCGAUUCAAAAUACCUACAAUCAUUCAUCAAGUAAUUACCUUUUGUCUAUAAAAAACAAAAAUGCCGAACCAAGAACCGUAUUGUGGAGUCUUAAUUCAGGAAAUUGGCGAUUAUUAUGCAGAGAAUAUACUUGUAAAGAUCUUCAUACCGAUAUGUUUGAUAGGGAUGAUUUUGAACCUACUCAACGUAUUGGUGUUCACAAGGAAAAUUAUGAAUUCGCCGCCAAACCAGAUACUUGCUCAUUUGGCCUUUGUCGAUUUUUUAAUGUUACUAUCUAACGCUGCACAAUACUGGAGCAUGUUCAUUCAACCAAAAAGUGGUUUUGACCGACAACAAUCUUACUCACUGACAAUAGUUUUUUGGUACAGCGACAUUACAACAUCCACGUUUCAGUUUAUAUCUGCAUUUCUGACAGUGCAGUUGGCUGCAUGGAGAUACAUAGCUGUAGUGCAUCCGUUGAAGGAACGUUAUUGGUGCACCAAGAAAAUCACUCGUAAUGUCGUGAUUACUGGAUACGUCGUGUGUUGUGUUCUGUAUGCUAUACCAGAACAUUUCUCAUUUGAUAUUAAAGCGAGCACCAUAAACGGAAAAACAUAUCACAAAGCCAAAUUCGACCAACAUCCAAUUAUGACCUUAAUACGAGACAUCGUCUAUGUAGCAGCGGUGAAAUUAUUACCAUCAGUUGUGUUAGUAGGACUUACUUCUAGAAUCGCCAUUACCUUGUUGGCCAGAAAAACUCGUCGCGAAAAAUUAACUUCAGCCGCGAGCACCCGAAGUUACAUGAAAAACGCCAAAAUUAGACAACAAACCAAUACAUCGACAGCGAUAUUAUUGGCAGUUGCGGCAUUAUAUUUCAUGACCGAAUUUCCAAGAGGGAUGCUAUGGUUACUGGCAACGAUUAAUGAAGAUGAUUGGAACACAUGUUACUAUUCAUUGGUGUGGAUAUUUGGAACAAUAACUAAUAUUAAUGUAUCCAUCACAUUUAUAGUAUACUACACUCUAAGCCUGCAAUUUAGAACCACAUUCAAAUCCUUGUUCAGUCGUAACCCGCGUACUAGCAUUUCUCAUCAAAGACAUGCGCCUCUUGCUUCGGGUGAUACCGUAAAAACAGAUUCAGGAUGGAAAACUUCUGAAGUUUAACAUCAAUAUGUAGUAUUAUCUAUAAUCCACGUAGGUAAAUUAUAUCAAAUUGUUGAGGAGAUUUCAGACAAAAAGUAUAAAAAUUCAAUAGGCAAUUCGACCUUUGAUGGCUUUUCCGGCAAAAAAGGUCUCGAAAGGUUGACACAGGGAUUGUACUCAAAUUUUUCUCAAAAAAAGUGACUUCAGUAACCCAAAAAGCUAGAAAAAGUAAUCAAAAAGUAACUAAGAAAUAACCAAAAAAAAGACUAAAAAAGUUUUUAAUGUAAAAAAAAGGUAACAAAAAAAACUUUAAUCUGUACAAAGAGAGGCGUGACAAAGCAAAGUGUCGUGGGAGGAGGAGUGAAAUAAAAUUUUCCCAGAUUUUUACUCCUAAUCUCCCCCCUCGCCACACCCAAAUGUUUCCAACGAAUCAACCAGAUGUUAUUUUGAACAAUUUCUUAAGCAAUUAUCGAUUUUAUCUUAUGGGAUCUAUUUUUAAAGCGAAAUAUUAUGAGAAAUGAAUAUUGUUAUUCAUAAAUUAAGCUGGAAAUGUUCAUUUUCAAUUUGAAUUUUUUUUAUAAAUCUGAAGUUUUGUUACUUACCAUACUGGUGUUU